CCCAUUUCCUCCAAGUCAUCGGCUUACAGCAAAGGAAGUGUUUGAUAAUGAUGGAAAACCACGUGUGGAUAUCUUAAAGGCACAUCUCAUGAAGGAAGGCAGGCUGGAAGAGAGUGUUGCACUGAGAAUAAUCACAGAGGGUGCCUCGAUUCUUCGACAGGAAAAAAACUUGCUGGAUAUUGAUGCACCAGUCACAGUUUGUGGGGACAUUCAUGGACAAUUCUUUGACUUGAUGAAGCUCUUUGAAGUGGGGGGAUCUCCUGCCAACACGCGCUACCUCUUUUUAGGGGACUAUGUUGACAGAGGGUACUUCAGUAUCGAAUGUGUGCUGUAUUUGUGGGCCUUGAAAAUUCUUUACCCCAAAACACUGUUUUUACUUCGUGGAAAUCAUGAAUGUAGACAUCUAACAGAGUAUUUCACAUUUAAACAAGAAUGUAAAAUAAAGUAUUCAGAACGUGUAUAUGAUGCCUGUAUGGAUGCCUUUGACUGCCUUCCCCUGGCUGCCCUGAUGAAUCAGCAGUUCCUGUGUGUACACGGUGGUUUGUCUCCAGAGAUUAACACUUUAGAUGAUAUCAGAAAAUUAGACCGAUUCAAAGAACCACCUGCUUAUGGACCUAUGUGUGAUAUCCUGUGGUCAGACCCCCUAGAGGAUUUUGGAAAUGAGAAGACUCAGGAACAUUUCACUCACAACACAGUCAGGGGGUGUUCGUACUUCUACAGUUACCCGGCUGUAUGUGAAUUCUUACAGCACAAUAACUUGUUAUCUAUACUCCGAGCCCAUGAAGCCCAAGAUGCAGGGUAUCGCAUGUACAGGAAAAGCCAAACAACAGGCUUCCCUUCUCUAAUCACAAUUUUUUCGGCACCAAAUUACUUAGAUGUAUACAAUAACAAAGCUGCAGUAUUGAAGUAUGAGAACAACGUUAUGAAUAUCAGGCAAUUCAACUGUUCUCCUCAUCCGUACUGGCUUCCAAAUUUCAUGGAUGUUUUCACUUGGUCCCUGCCAUUUGUUGGGGAAAAAGUGACUGAGAUGCUGGUAAAUGUCCUCAACAUCUGCUCGGAUGAUGAACUAGGGUCAGAAGAAGAUGGAUUUGAUGGAGCGACAGCUGCAGCCCGGAAGGAGGUGAUCAGGAACAAGAUCCGGGCAAUAGGCAAGAUGGCCAGAGUGUUCUCAGUCCUCAGAGAAGAGAGUGAGAGUGUGCUGACGCUGAAAGGCUUGACCCCGACCGGCAUGCUCCCCAGCGGAGUACUCUCUGGAGGGAAGCAAACUCUGCAAAGCGCUAUCAAAGGAUUUUCACCACAACAUAAGAUCACUAGCUUCGAGGAAGCUAAGGGCUUAGACCGAAUUAACGAGAGGAUGCCACCUCGCAGAGAUGCCCUGCCCUCUGACGCCAACCUUAACUCCAUCAACAAGGCUCUCACCUCAGAGACUAACGGCACGGACAGCAAUGGCAGUAACAGCAGCAAUAUUCAGUGACCACUUCCUAUUCACUUUGGUUUUUUUGUUUUUGUUUUGUUUUUUUUUUUUUUUUGAGCUGCAGGGCGUUAUGGUGGUUACUGCAUAUAUCAGCGGUUAGAUAUAUUCUUGCCUCUGACAGUAGCUUAUUUGCUCUGGGGGCCAGGAAUUGGAUUCAGUUUACACUAUCAUUAAAAAAAAGAGAGGGAGAAAGAGAAUAAACUAUAUUUUGGUGGGGGUGGUGACGAAACACCUCUUUGGGGUAUGCCUUUUAAAAAUGCUUCUAGGGAAAAAAAUUUUACAAAGAAAGCUAAUGCUAGUAUAUUCUGGAAUGUUAGGGGAAUGAACGUGUUUUCCUACUACUUUGGGGACUUCUAGGUAGGUUAAUGAAAGGCCUUUUAUUCUGUUACUGGACAUGAAAACUUUGUCUAAUUUCUUACUCUAUUGUACGUUUACAGUUGCAGCACUAAAAAUGGAUGACAUCAAACAUUUUUAACAAAAUGAUGUACAAACUAAAUAAGGACUAUUUAUUGAUAAUGUUUUGCUACUCUUGUCAGACAAUGGCUAUGAACCGAAUUAGGCAGUCUUAAAAAAAAAAAAACAGAAAAAGAAAAAAAAAAAAAGAAUGUUGCAAAUUUGUUAAAAUGCCAAAAAGGACAGUUUAAUUUUGUACAGAUUAUGCUUACCUCAGGUUUCUUUAGUGUGCUUGGAUGCCCUUCUUUCCAUAUAACACUUAUUAAUUUGGCAAUGAAUAUCUUUUCUUUAAGUUUAAAAAAAAAACUGGAAUAAUGACUUCUAUCUUUUUU